UCACAAAAAUUCAGUCUGACUCCAUCCCCUGUGAGUGAGAGGUACGGGCCGCUCCGCCCUCCCGGAUCUCUGGCUACCUGAUAUUUGUGCUUAUUUUUACUUGUCUUUCGUUACGUGGGGGAUAAUCAUGGCCCACGUGCGUGCCUAGACAACAUGCAAGGCGGCUGGCACGUGAUGGAGCUGUAGGAACCUUAAAUCAGGCCAAGACAAGAGGUUUAUAGGGAAACAGUCAAGCUUGUGAGCAGUUUUUGAGGUUACCUACUGACAAGGGCCGAGCUGGCAACCCUUUCCUAGGCUGUGGUGUUGAUGGAUUCUUGAUGUGUUGCAUGGAGGUUUGGGAGAAGCAGGAUGCAGCUUUCCAGGUUCAUCGCAUGGCUCACACCGGCCUUCAGAAUGGACGCGAAGAGGAACGGUUGGCUACUGGAGACUGUGCACUACCCUGAGCGAUACAUCUCCAAGGAAGGGCAGUGAGCGUGGUGCCGGGGAGAGGAGGAGAUAGAGUGUGCAGUGAAGGGCGUGCAGCAAGUGUCGGUGAACUUUAUGUAAGAAACCAGAAACGGUGAAAGCAAAUCCUAGAGAAUGAAAAAUGGAUAUAUAAGAGCCAGAACAAGUUGGAGGGAAGCUGUGCCAGGUUACCUUCGUGUGGACAGUGCCAAAGACAGACUCGACAUUUGGUCCAAGGGGCACCGAGUUGGAGGAGUUUACAGUAAUUGUCCGAGGUGGUCUGGGGUGGAACGUUCCCUGACCUUUGUGUCCUCACGAAAAUGGCUUCAUGGCACUCGGAUAUAGAAAUGGACGAGACUGGGGGUGGGGGGAGGGCGAGCAUGGGGCGUGGGGGCAGCAUGGGGGGCGGUGGAGGGGGGGCUGCGAGGGGCUGCAUCAGAGUCCGCCACUGCACCGGUGCCUCCUACAGGGACUCCGGGGAGAUCAAGUUCUGCAUCUCUGAGUACAAGAAUGAUGCCUUUCAGAUGAUGCUUCUGAUGAAAAGCAACCAGAUGCUCACUGACGUCAAGCUGGAAGUGGGCCGAGAGAUCUUCCAUGGCCACAAGAUUGUCUUGGCAGCGGCGAGCCCUUACUUCAAGGCCAUGUUUACAGGGGGCUUGCGCGAGUCAGAGCGAGACACCGUGCGUCUGCAGGGUGUCUGCCCCACCGUCCUGGCCCACCUCCUCUGCUUCAUGUACACUGGCGAGAUAGUCAUCAAUGAAAUGCUGGUGUGCCAACUCCUGCCUGCUGCCACAAUGUUCCAGAUGAAUCAUGUGAUUGACGCUUGCUGUACCUUUCUUGAGCAGCAGCUUGAGGCAGGAAAUGCCAUCGGCAUUGCAAAUUUUGCACUACAGCACGGCUGCAUGGACCUGUACCGCAAGGCCAACACCUUCAUUGAGCAGCACUUCUCUGAGGUGUCAUUGGAGGAGGAGUUUUUGCAGCUGUCAAGUUGUCAGCUCCUGAACCUGAUCCAGCGUGACGAACUCAACGUGCCAGACGAGAAGGACGUGUACAAUGCCGUGCUGAAGUGGGUGAUGCACGACGAGGACAGCCGCCAGCCCAAGAUGGAGCACAUCCUCCAGGCAGUGAGGUGUCAGUAUCUGUCACCAAGAUUCUUGACUGAACAAAUGAAGAACUGCAAGUUGCUGAGGAAGGCUCCGGCCUGCAGGGAAUACCUCGCCAAGAUCUUUGAGGAUUUGACCCUGCACAAGCCACCCAUGCAGAAGGAGAGGACGCCCAAUGCACCUUGUGUUAUUUAUCUGGUGGGAGGCUACUCCAACCGCCAGAGUCUGGACACGCUGGAGUGUUACGACGUGGAGGAUCGCCAGUGGACGCAGCUGUCCAGGCUCCCUGUGGCAAGGUCAGGCCUGGGAGCGGCUUACCUACGAGGAAUAUUCUAUGCUGUAGGAGGGAGGAACAUACUGCCCAAUGGCAAUUACCAUGACAGUAAUUGGGUGGACUCCUUCAACCCACUGACCAACUCGUGGAGGCAACGAGCCAGGAUGAACUUCCCUCGCAACCGCCUGGGUGUGGCUGUGCUGGACGGCCAACUGUAUUCCGUGGGCGGGGCCAACGGUGCCAUGUGCCACAGCACGGUGGAAAAGUAUGAGCCAGACGACGACCAGUGGACGCUGGUGCAGCCCAUGUCUUGUGCCAGGAUGGGGGUGGGGGUGGCGGUGGUGAACAGACUUAUGUACGCCGUGGGGGGAUACAACGGGGAGCAGCGCCUCAACUCGGUGGAGUGUUACCACCCCGAGAACAACCAGUGGACCCUUGUGUCACCCAUAAAGAUCCCCAGAAGUGGUGCCGGUGUGUGCUCGCUAGGGAACAGCAUAUAUGUCAUCGGCGGCUAUGACGGCCAACACCAGCUGUGCUCUGUGGAGAAGUAUGACACUGAAACGGACACCUGGACCUCCGUGGCGCCCAUCAAGACCCCGCGCUCGGCCAUGACUGUCUCUGUCUGGGAUGGAAAGAUCUUUGUCAUGGGUGGAUAUGACGGGAGCCAGUUCCUCUCCUCUGUGGAGAUUUACGAUUACCGACUAAAUGAAUGGUGCGACUGCAAACCUCUUCCCUGGGGCAGGUCAGGACAUGCCUCGGCCUCCUCCUUCCACCCUUGCCUCCUCCACUCGGACACAAGAUAACACAGGAUCUGCAGCGGUAGGCGAUAGCCUACGUAGAGUUUAGAUACUCUACUUAGAUUGUAUUCCUAAACAAAAUAUUGAAUACCAUCUUAAAUAUUGAAAAUGUUGAUAUUUUGUCAACAUUUAUUCCCUCAGUAUGGCAACACAGGCUUUCAAGGAAGCUUACUUAGUUGUACAUGAGUGUUGAACUGCAGUAAAUGCUGCUUUUGUGCUGUUGGAUUUUCAGAGCUUUUUGUUAUGAUAAUGUGUGCAGCAGAUGGAGAUGCAUAAAGAAAUGAAGGUAGCAUUGACAUGAUAUAAUCUGAAAAAAAUGCACAUAACAGACUUGUAUGUAUACUAGUUCCAUCAUCAUUGUCAUCAUCAUUGUCAUUGUUAUUUUCUCUACCUCAUCCACCACCAUUUUGUAAACUUAAAAUAUCACUCCCAUCAGUCUGUCACGCUCAUACACUCUGGCCUCCUCCACGCCAUGCUCAGUCACUGCAUUCUGUCAUCUAUUGUAUCAUUCAUUGCCUUUGCUUGCUGUGGCACAGCACUGACUUUACUUGCGAGUGUUCUUCACUUUCGUUGUCAUCCUUGUUAUGUCUGUGAUGAUACCACAGAAGCUCUUUCUUCAUUUGAGUCAUAAUUUGAAGAAGAGGUGAGGUGAUUGGUUUGUAUUUCUUGCUGUGAAUUAUUCAGUAGUAACUUGAAGACUGUGUUAACAGCUAAAGCAUUCUUCAAGGAUAAAAAGAAUUGAAAGAAACAGUCGAGUCCAGUGUAUACUUCUAUACAUAUGUACAUAAAACUAAAGUAAAACCUCAGUUUUCAUUUCAAUUGAUGUUGUACUUCAAAACAUACAUUUUAAUUAUCCUUGUGUUAUGCUUUAGCUACAUAAUAAUUUGUUAUAUUACAAUAUUUAUGUAGACAGCACAAGGGAGCACUGGAGAUGUUUUCAAGGAGCCUGAAGCACUGUUUGCACACCUUUGGUUCUGUUGUAGUGGAGUGGUGUUGUCUGGAUGUAGCGGUGAUAUUCCUUGUAAAAAAAUUUCCUCGUCUGAAAUGUGUAUGUUCUGACUUUACACACACAUGACUGAGGGGUUUUGGUGUUUUAUUUAAUGUUUUAUGACAAAUUCAUUCUAUCAAACAUUUUAUUAUUGAAAUUUGUAUUAAUUUCUGCAAUAUCCAUACUUAUAUACCAUAAGGUUUUUACAGAAACAUGAAUUUGAAACAGCUUUAAUGUUGUUCAUUUUAAUCAUAUUAGUAUAUAAAGAGUAUAGUUCCUUGGUUUUCACAGAGGAAGUUUGCUACACAUUAGAAAUCUGAAUUGAUAAACAUUCAGUGAAAACCUAGACUGUCCUGACUCAGUGAACAUUCCAUUAUUGUUGUGGCAAUAUGUUAUGUACGUGUACAGUAGUCUUAGGCAUAGUUAUGUUGUAUACCUCACUUUUUACGUGCUUAUGUGACAUGUGAGGAGGCAGCGCCACGAAGGUUAGUGGGCGCCUCUGUCUCAGACGUGGAUACUUUGUUGUGUCCAAUGAAGGAGGUUAGGUGAGUUGAAGGUUACUGUGCCUGGUAGUGAGGCGCAUCAUGAUAUUAUCUGUGAUAUAUGUAAUACUACCUUUCUGUGAUGUUUCACUAGUUUUGCAUUGUUGCAAGACUCGGAACCGUCGGAACCUACACUUACUCAUGCAACGAAUAUACAAAUAUGUAUAUAAUGAUGUGGGUUGAUUUAUAGUAUUUUUUAAAUCAAAGUAAUUUGUAUGUAAUUAGGUCAUGUUGAUAGCAUGGCAUCUCACUGUGUAAUUUAUUGAAGUUGAACAGCUUGAGGCACCUUGCUUGUUCAUGUGCCAACCAAAGCAGUUUGGAAAACCGGACUUGUGACCGAGGAUCUACCCCCUUCUCUCAAGUGCUUAUUUAUUGAAACAGGUGUGUCUGUUAGUGCUAGUAUUCAAGAAUGUUUGAAAUAAACAUUGAACACCAUUA